CAGGCAGUGUCAGUGUCAUCUCGAUUUUUAAUCACACGUUUUGUGAAUAUGGCUGAUGGACAGUUGGCAAACGCUUUGCGCGAUUUACCCAACAGGGUACUAAAUGUCCCUGUGGAAGAGCGUUCGACGUUAUUUCAAAAUGUAUGUGCCGUGCUGACAAACCCCGGCAUUAAUUCUUCAAUAGUUCGAGGUAUUUGUAAAGUGAUCGGAACAACGAUUGCUAAAUAUAAGGAUCCUCCAUCUCAGCUUCUAGUUCGAAAACUGAUAUCCGAGCUAGUUAAGGUUCAUCAUGAUUUAACCAUUGAGCAUAUGUUAAAUGUGUUCAAGACGCUAUUGUUCAAAGAGUUUCCAUCAACAUCGCCGCAGAAAUCGUCAAAGCCAGCUUGUGUGGCUUUAGGAUGGAUAGCAUUAAUUAUAAAGCAAUCGGAUGCCGAUUCCAACAUAUUUAAAACCGAAAAGCAGCGUUUUAUUGAAUAUCAGUCGCUGCUCUAUCAAAUCGCUCUAACGGCCCCAAAUCCACGAAUUACGGAAGCUGCUACAAAAAUCUUAUUCGAGUUAUGGGAUAAUAAUUGUGUUUUUGAUGACACUCUUGAUAUCCUAUUUCGCAUGGAGCCCAAUUCAAAUGUCGCAAUUAUGCUAAUGAUGAUGAUACGAUUUGAGAGCAAAAGCACAGAAUCGGCUAUAUUAAAAACACAUAAAAACAAAAUUUCUGAUAUCUUUGUAAAAAGUAUGAUUUCAUCUAAAAGCAAGCCUCACAAAUCAUUCAUAAUAUGCUGCGAACCAUUUCUGGCCUCUCUAGUGGAGUCUGAAUUUGAUUCACAAAUAUAUCCUCCUCUGCAGCGGGCAAUCUUGAGAAGUCCUGAAAAUACGCUAGAAAGUGUUGGUGUUAUUGUUGAUAUAGUAAAUGUCGAUUGUAGUCGAUAUGCUAAUCAGAUUGGAAAGAUAUUGAUUCAAAAUCUAUAUAGCAAAGGAGAUGCAGCCCGACGCGAAUCACUGGAAUCGUUAAAAUCUUUGGCAAGGAAAUGCUCAGAUGUUCUCGUUGUCAAGGAGUUAUUGCAGCGUAUAUUUUCGGUUUUAAAUGGAUCUGAUGGCAAGAUAAAUGUGGUCGAGUACAGAAUUAAUUUAAUCCAGGGUGCAGGCUAUUUGAGCUUCAAUAAUGUGUCUCAGGACAAUAUGCAUAAUAUAUUGGACGAAGCAGUGAAUCUAUUUUGGAAGGCUCUUGAAGCCGAAACACAGGAGCGGGUUAUAUGCUCUACCUUAGACAUGUUUGGCCUAUGGACUGAAAAGUUUCGAUGCGAGUUACCCGCUGUUAUUAUAAAUAUUUUCAAAACUGGUGUGGAGCAGAAGAACACAAGUCAGGCUAUUAGACAGAGCUACCUGGAUUGGAUGCUGUCUUCAAUUCAAAACACAGUGAUUAAUAAUCCAAGUAAUAUUGUACCAACCCUCAUUACCUUAUAUAGUAGCGCAAUGCAAAACGUUUCGCAAUUGAGCUAUACAUCUGAGGCAGCAUGUAUCGCUUGCAUUUUGUUGAUUUUGGAGAAACCGUCGGAGAAUAAUGGAUCGUUUUGGAGCUCUAUAUUCGACAUGAACAAAGUGUGCUUCUUCAAUGAAAAGUUCUUAACCACGGCCACUCCAGAGACAUUGUGUCAUAUUUCAUUGCUUGCAAAAAUAUUCCUUAAACAAUAUCCAGAUAAAAUUAAGGGACCAAUAGACCAAUUGUAUCGUGCCAUAGUGUAUAAUAUCUGCAACAAUUCCGCCAAGGUUCGCACAUUCACAAUAGGCCAAGUAAAAGAAAUCACUAAAGGUUCAGGAGCUAUAGAAUUUGUUAGGACUGCGUUAACUGAAUUCGGUCGGCGUAUAAAUGUAGCCAAAAUUCAAUACGAAAGCAGCGAUUGUACUGACCAAUCUAGCACCCCAUCUCAGGCAUUUGUUAAAGCUUUAGAAGUUUUAAGCUACUUGGAAAACGUCAGCAAUGAAGAGUCAAUGGAAUUAGCCCUGCAACUCUUAAGUAUUUCGCAUCAUCCAGCAAUUGUAACCAAUAAUCCGUUCUUUUGGGAAACCACCAUCCAACAGCAUUUUCAAAUAAGUUCUAAAGAGUUUAUUACAAAGAAGAAACAAGAAAUCAUAACAGAAUUUAUUGAAAACUUUGAAGUGAGCACAACCUAUGAAAAUAUCAUAUCAACAUUGGUUCGAAUUAGUCCUGACAUUAUAGUGCCCAUUGUUGUAUCCAAGUUCAAAGUAUAUCUUCAGGAUGCUCAAAAUGUAUCGGUCACAAACGAAGAAUACCUAACUUAUUUAACACCCGAUGGAGAACUUUACGAUAAGAGUGUGAUACCUCAUAUCGAUGCACAGUAUGCCACAGUUGGUGUAAAACGUGAAAACAAAGUGUAUAGCUACAAGGAACAGCUGGAGGAAAUCCAAUUGCGUCGAGAAAUUGACGAGAAGCGUCAGAAAGAAGGCAAAUCGAAAACUAUCAAGCUGACCCAGAAGCAAGAGGAGCUAAUCAAGAAUCAAACGGAAAAGGAACUUCGUAUUAAGAUUCGUCUUCAACAAUUGUUUGAAAAAUUAAUGUGUAAAAUAUCUUUGUUUAAAGCCUCUUGUGCUGGAAACUGCGAAUAUAUUGCUUUAUACUUCCAUACCAUAUUAGAUGAUAUUCUAAAAGCAACUGAAAGCCCUUUGAGUGCUGAGCCAUUGACAAACUUAUACUACUUUUUGCAUGAGAUGUGUCUUAAGGAUCAGCAAGAUUUGUCACGUGACAUUGCUAUUGCCACUAUAAAGCUUCAGAAACCUACGUUCGAUUUGAAAGAAGAAUGGAUUGCAUUCAAUUUAAAUGAGAAAAUUGAAAGUAUUGUUGCAAGUUUAAGGAAAUUAACGCUUGUCAAUGAUAAUUAUUUAGACGCACCGUCAUUCUCGUAUACGUUUGAAUUUCUAAAACGUGCAAUUUUAUUCCUUAACAUUGAAUCUAAUGAAGAACUUGUAUUAACCAUCAUACAAUUGAUUGAAGUGCAUGCGCAGCACAAGGAAACCGAACGCAAUCAUCCUAAGUACUUGCCAAGAUUGGGUAUGUUUGAAAUAUUACUUUAUCUAAUCAAGAAAAACAAUAAAGUACAAGUGCAGGCGAUUUGCGCAAUUCUAGAAGUUGCAAAAUCGUCAUCUGGCGGCAGUUCAAAUGCUAAUCCUGAUAAUCAAAUAAUCGAUUUAUUUCUUAAAUCUCUGCAGAGUUAUAUAGACACAGUCAGAGAUGUCGCAUUGCGGACUCUGCAAAUAAUGAUUGAGGCCAUUGUUGAUCAUUUGAAUAGCAAUGACGACCUGAAGAAGGAAAUUAUUGCAAGGCUUUGGAUUGCUAAGUUUGAUGUAACACCCGAAAACGAAGACUUGGCCAUCAGUCUAUGGGAUAGCUCUAAUCUUCCAUUUCCAGAAUUCGACGAUAUUCUUUCUGAUAUAACCCAUCCGCAAUUGUGUAUCCAAAAAGCAUCAGCCGAGGCCCUAAUACCUCUUAUACAACGUGACCAAACAUUAAUGAAAUAUGGAAUCAAGAAGUUAUUGGAAAUAUACAAUGAAAAACUCACAAUGAUACCACCAAUUUUGGAUCAAUUUGAUCGGGAAAUCGAACCAGCUAUGGACGAAUGGAAGCCAAGGAGAGGAGUUGCUAUUGCUUUUUCACGUAUUGCUCAAUUUUUGUCGGUCGAUGAUAUCAAUUAUAUUAUGCAAUUUAUGGUAUCGCAAGGGCUUGGUGAUCGUGAGGAAAUUGUUCACAAGGAAAUGCUAGCAGCUGCAUUAAAGAUUGUCGAUAUACAUGGCAAAGAGACGAUUGUUAGCUUAUUACCAGUGUUUGAGGAAUUUCUGGAUAAAGCACCAAAAUCACAAAGUUUUGAUAACAUACGUCAGGCUGUUGUUAUUCUAAUGGGCUCGUUAGCUCGACAUUUGGAGAAGGAUGAUAAACGCAUUGAUCCGAUUGUUAAACGUUUGCUAAUGGCACUUUCUACACCCUCCCAGCAAGUACAGGAGGCGGUAUCCAAUUGUUUGCCACAUCUUAUGCCUUCCGUUAAAGAUGAAGCACCAGCUAUGAUUAAAAAACUGUUGCAUUCGUUGGCGAAAUCGGAAAAAUAUGGAGAAAGACGUGGUGCUGCCUAUGGUAUAGCCGGUAUAGUCAAAGGUCUUGGAAUUCUGUCGCUUAAACAAUUGGAUAUUAUGUCCAAACUGACCACAUACAUUCAAGAGAAGAAGAACUACAAAUCCCGUGAAGGAGCUCUAUUUGCAUUUGAGGUAUUAUGCACAACACUUGGACGCCUAUUCGAGCCAUAUAUUGUCCAUGUUCUACCACAUCUAUUGCAAUGCUUUGGUGAUCCUUCGCAAUAUGUUCGACAAGCUGCCGAUGACACAGCCAAAGUGGUUAUGGGAAAAUUGUCAGCUCAUGGUGUAAAGCUUAUUCUACCAUCGCUCUUGGACGCACUGGAUGAAGAUUCAUGGAGGACAAAGACGGCAUCUGUCGAACUUCUCGGAGCUAUGGCAUUCUGUGCACCGAAGCAGCUGUCGUCUUGUCUGCCGAGUAUAGUUCCGAAAUUAAUUGAAGUACUUGGUGACUCGCACACCAAAGUGCAGGAGGCUGGUGCCGAUGCCCUUAAGGUGAUUGGAUCUGUCAUCAAAAAUCCAGAAAUUCAAGCGAUUGUACCAGUUUUAUUGAAGGCUCUAGAGGAUCCAUCUAACAACACAUCUGCAUGCCUACAAAGCUUAUUAAAAACCAAAUUUGUGCACUUUAUUGAUGCUCCUUCUCUGGCUCUUAUUAUGCCGGUCGUUCAGAGGGCAUUUAUGGAUCGAUCAACAGAAACAAGGAAGAUGGCUGCUCAAAUUAUUGGAAACAUGUACUCGCUUACCGAUCAGAAGGACCUGGCCCCCUAUCUGCCAAGUAUAAUACCAGGCCUAAAGUCAUCAUUGCUGGAUCCUGUGCCCGAAGUGAGAGCCGUUUCUGCCCGUGCUCUUGGUGCUAUGGUUAAGGGAAUGGGUGAAUCAUCAUUUGAAGAUUUGCUGCCUUGGCUAAUGCAAACUCUGACAUCUGAAUCGAGCAGUGUUGAUCGAAGCGGAGCUGCCCAAGGUCUAUCCGAGGUCGUUGGCGGUCUUGGUGUGGAAAAAAUGCACAAGCUUAUGCCCGAAAUAAUUGCCACUGCAGAGCGAGUGGAUAUCGCUCCACACGUUAAGGAUGGUUACAUUAUGAUGUUCAUCUACAUGCCCGGAGCGUUCCCAAAAGAAUUUACACCCUACAUUGGACAAAUUAUUAAUCCGAUUCUGAAAGCUCUAGCUGAUGAAAGUGAAUAUGUGCGUGAAACUGCAUUGAAAGCAGGACAGCGGAUUGUCAAUCUUUAUGCUGAAACUGCAGUGGCUCUUUUAUUGCCUGAGCUUGAGAAGGGACUUUUUGACGACAAUUGGCGCAUUAGAUAUAGCUCAGUUCAAUUACUAGGUGAUUUACUGUAUCGCAUAUCAGGAGUAUCUGGAAAAAUGACAACGGAAACGGCCAGCGAAGAUGACAAUUUCGGAACCGAGCAAUCCCACACAGCUAUUAUUCGUUUCUUGGGCGAUGAACGUCGUAACAGAGUGUUAUCCGGUUUAUAUAUGGGCCGCAGUGACGUGUCCCUGAUGGUACGUCAAGCAGCAUUGCAUGUGUGGAAAGUUGUGGUUACAAAUACACCACGUACUCUGCGUGAGAUUCUGCCCACAUUGUUUGGCCUCUUGCUGGGUUGUUUGGCCAGCACCAGUUAUGAUAAAAGACAAGUUGCAGCUCGGACUCUGGGAGACUUGGUGCGAAAACUUGGCGAAAGAGUUUUACCCGAAAUUAUACCCAUUCUAGAAAGUGGAUUAAACUCUGAUCAUCCUGAUCAAAGGCAGGGCGUUUGUAUUGGAUUGUCAGAAAUUAUGGCAUCGACAUCAAAGGAAAUGGUUCUGUCAUUUGUACAUAGUUUGGUUCCAACCGUACGCAAAGCUCUGUCGGAUCCUUUGCCAGAAGUUCGUGAAGCGGCUGCAAAAACAUUCGAGUCCCUGCAUAGUACUGUUGGUUCUCGGGCUCUCGAUGAUAUUCUUCCCUUUAUGUUGGAAGGUCUUUCGGAUCCAGAUCCAUUGGUCGCCGAAAACACUUUGGAUGGAUUGCGUCAAGUGAUGUCCAUUAAAUCAAGAGUUGUGCUUCCCUAUCUUGUUCCGCAAUUGACUGCUCCACCUGUGAAUACAAAGGCGUUGUCUAUACUUGUGUCUGUUGCUGGUGAUGCGUUAACAAAAUAUUUGCCCAAAAUAUUGUCUGCAUUGUUGGACGCUCUAUCAGAAUCACAUGGCACAGCCAAUGAGGCUCAGGAACUGGAAUAUUGCCAAACUGUCAUAUUAUCGGUAACUGAUGAGGUUGGCAUCAGGACAAUCAUGGAUACUCUUAUGGUUUCUGCCAAAUCUGAUGAUUUGUGUACACGAAAAUCUUCUGCUAGUUUAUUGUCAGCGUUUUGCAUUCAUUCACCUGGAGAUUAUUCACAAUACAUUCCUCAGAUUCUGCGUUGUCUGCUCAGACUAAUGGCUGAUAACGAUAAGGAAAUUCUACAAAAAUCAUGGGAAGCUCUCAAUGCUGUAGUUAAGGGAUUGAAUUCGACUCAACAAAUUGCCUAUGUCAGCGAUGUGCGUCAAGCUGUGAGAUUCGCUGCCAGUGAUCUAAAGGAGAAGGAGUUGCCAGGAUUUUGCUUACCCAAGGGCAUUACGCCACUUUUACCCGUUUUCCGGGAAGCUAUUCUCAACGGUUUGCCUGAGGAAAAAGAAAAUGCCGCCCAAGGACUAGGCGAAGUUAUCUUCCUUACGAGUGCACAAUCUCUGCAACCAUCGGUCGUACAUAUCACUGGACCAUUGAUUCGUAUUUUGGGAGAUCGUUUCAAUUCUGGUGUCAAAGCAGCUGUUCUGGAAACAUUGGCCAUACUGCUUCACAAAGUGGGAGUAAUAUUGAAACAGUUCUUACCACAACUUCAAACCACUUUCCUUAAAGCGCUCCAUGACCAAAAUCGAAAUGUGCGCAUGAAGGCUGGCAAAGCUCUUUCCGAAUUGGUGGCAAUACAUUCAAGAGCCGAUCCGCUGUUUAAUGAAAUUCACACUGGCAUUAAGAAUUCCGAUGACUCUGCUGUCCGAGAAACUAUGUUGCAUGCCCUUCGAAGCAUACUUACCCCGUCUGGCGAUAAAAUGUCCGAACCCAUUAAAAAACAAGUGUUUGGUACUCUGUUGAAUAUGAUUGGACAUUCAGAGGAUGUAACACGAAAUGCUGUUGGCGGUUGUUUGGGAGCUAUGCUAAAGUAUAUGCCAUCAGCUCAAAUUAGCGAUUUCUUGAAUAAUAAUGUGUUGGCCGAAAAUUCUGAUGAUCCAUUGGUCAAGCAUGGCUUUACAAUUGUUCUAUUUGUUGCCCUAAAAGAGUGUCCAAGUGAAGUGUUGACACCAAAAUUACAAGAUGGAAUCAUAGCCAAUAUUUUAGGUAAUAUUUCAUCAGACAAAGUGCCGAUUGCUUGCAAUGCAAUUCGAGCUGCCACAUAUCUUUUGCAGCAUGUCCUUUCUAGUAGAGGUGAAAUCCCAAAUAGUAUUGUUGUAGCAUUAUCUAGGGCAAUGAAUCAUACAAGCAACGAUGUUAAACAAUUGGUUGCAAAGAGUUGCACUCAUCUAUCAAAAAGUCUAACUGCUGAUGAGAUUAAUUUGGAAGUGAUGAAAUAUUUGGUUACCAUGUUAGUGAACGGUACAAAAGAAAAGAAUGGAUAUGUUAAAUCCAACUCAGAAUUGGCCCUAAUUUCUAUAUUAAGGUUAAGAACUGAUGACACAACCUAUUCAAAAACAGCUGAUAUCUUAGAAUCUGGAGCCAAAGAGUCAUUGAGCGAAGUUGUGACAAAAGUUUUGAAAAAGGUAGCAGCACAGACACCAGUUAAGGAAGAAGAACUCGAUGAUACGCUGCAAACAUAAUCAUCGUACUUAGCCACAUACAACAUAUUACACCGGUUUUUGUCAGAAACUGAAAAAGACCAUAGUUUUAAAAAACUUAGUAAAAGUUAUGUACACCUUUUUUGUAAACAAUUGCGCAACACAAAUAAAACAUUUUUACUAUAAUCGUA